ACUCCCACUCCAACCACCAUGGAUGUUAUUUCUCCAAUCCAAAUUCUCCACACAAUCUUGGCCUUGUUUAUUCUCUACGGCGGUUGGAGAAUCGCAACAAGCAUUAGAAAGAUCAACACCAAAAAGAUCAGCAAAGUUCCCGAGCCGUCCGGUGCAUGGCCAUUUAUAGGCCACCUCCACCUUCUCGGGAGGACCCAAGACCCAAUUGCCUUAAUACUUGGAGCCCUAGCUGAUAAACACGGACCAAUCUACUCACUUAAGCUUGGUCUGCACAACCUGGUGGUGGUGAGCAGUUGGGAGCUCGUAAAAGAAUGCCUCGCAAAAAACGACAGGGUUUUCGCUACGCGACCGAGCAUCACAGGCGGCAAGUACUUGGGUUACAACAGCGCCAUCUUCUCUCUAGCCCCGUACGGACAGUACUGGCGUGACAUCCGAAAGAUGGCCACACUCGAGCUUCUCUCGAGCCACAGGGUCGAGCUCUUGAGCCACGUUAGAGCCACGGAAUUGGAUUCGUUCAUCAAAAGCUUGUUCUCACUUUGCACAACAAAGCGUACGCGUACUCCACACUCUCCUGUAGUGAAUUUGAGCGAGUUGAUAGAGCAACUGACGUUCAAUAUGAACCUGAGGCUGAUCGCCGGGAAGAGAUUUUCCAGUGACCAGUAUCACGAGGAGAACAGUACGGCCUGUCGAUUCGAAAGAGCAACGAAAGAAGCUUUGUAUCUGUUCGGAGUUUUUGUUUGGUCCGAUGCGAUGCCAUUUCUCGAGUGGCUUGACAUAGGUGGGCAUGUGAGUGCCAUGAAAAGAUGUUUCAAGGAAUUCGACUCUGUGCUUGGGGAGUGGCUUGAAGAGCAUAGGCAAAGAAAAUCAUCGGAAGGCAAGAAUGGUACGGUUGAAAGUGACUUGAUGGAUGCGAUGAUAUCCAAGUUUGAAGAGGAGGAUGAAAUAGCUGGCCAUAGCCGUGAUACUGUCAUCAAAGCGACGGCACUGGUUCUAAUCCUAACCGGUAGUGAAAGCACAUCUAUUACCCUAACAUGGGCACUCUCUUUGCUCCUGAACAACCCAAGAGUCUUAAAAGCAGCUCAAGAAGAGUUGGACCACCAUGUAGGAAGAGACAGAUGGGUGCAAGAAUCAGACAUCAAGAACCUCAAAUACCUCCAAGCCAUCGUGAAAGAAACGUUACGCAUAAACCCACCAGGUCCCAUAACAGGUCUCCGUGAGGCCACAGAGGACUGUUAUGUCGGUGGCUAUUACGUCCCCAAAGGCACUCGUUUACUCGUCAACAUAUGGAAGCUACAGCGGGACCCCCUCAUGUGGUCGGACCCCUGCGAGUUCCGACCAGAAAGGUUCAUGACGGAAAAUGCUGACAUGGAUUUCAGAGGCCAAAGUUUUGAGUAUAUUCCGUUCAGUGCAGGUAGAAGGUCGUGUCCGGGCAUGACGCUUGGUUUGCAUGUGGUUCAUUUGGUUCUUGCUCGUUUGGUUCAGGGAUUUGAUAUGAAGAGAGAAGGUGAUGAGCUAGUGGAUAUGCGUGCAGGGUUGGGUCUUGCUUUGCCUAAGGCAACUCCACUUGAAGCUGUGCUUGCUCCCCGGCUUCCUGUAGAGCUCUACUAUUGAUGUUUCAUACUAUUUGAAGAAUAAGUACGCAAGUUCGUAGUAAAUUAUAG